UGUCAACAUCUAUUAAUAUCUUCAGAAAAGCAAAAGAUUGUACAGAGUCACAUAAACAAAUUGGCAGGACAGACAGAGUAAGAGUCAUUUGAGGUCCCAUCAGCACUGGAUAUAGUUGUGAAAACGGUGAUAUUUCAAGAUGCCUUUGCUUUUAUGCAGUUCAAAAUUACCGACCUUGCAAAGAGUUCUCACCCAAUGCUAUCCAGAGUCCCUUAAGGUAUGUGGCGCUUUGCAUAACAUAAUUAAUGAGAACCCAUUCAAGCUGCAGGUUUUGGUGGAUCAGUGGCCAAACUUCACCUCAGUAGUUUGCCGCCCUCGACUAGAAGACAUGACAGAUCCAACAGACCAAUACACCAACACAUAUUUUAUGUACAGCAAAGAUCAACAAAUGCUGAGUGACAUGCUGCAAGACCCACAGACUAUAAACUGGAGCCACAAAAUACAGAUACAAGGGUGCCAGCCAGCACUGGGAGAAGUCCUUCGUGAUGUAAGUGCCAAGUACAAGAGCAGCAUAAAGACCACCAGCAACAUACUGUACACGAGAGAAAGCAUCCAAAGCACAGAGGAAGCUGACCUGCUUUCAACAUUGAGUUCAAAGGAUCUGCAGUUCUCUUCCCUGUCCCUAGAUGAAGCGCCACCCGUUAAUGCAGAGUGGGGAUUUGGGGGUAACGAACUAAGUCUGCGUUAUGUGGAACGCUGUAUCCAGAAAUGUCCUACUCUCUGUAUACGAAAAAGAGGUGUGGGCCCUCCGCUUGCCUGGGUGCUGAGUGAACAGUCUGCAGAACAGCGGAUGGGUUAUACACAUCAGGAUUACCGCAAUCAAGGAUUGUUUAGAAUAAUGGUGAUUAAGAUAGCUAUGAUAAUUCAGAGUAGAGGCGGUCCCCUGUACUGCCAUGUGGCACCUGACAACAAGAGAAGCCAAGCUGCCACGCUGAAGGCAGGAUUCAAUGUGCGUGGUAGAUGGAUGCAAUGGAAUGUUCUUCCAAUGCAACCCAAACCUAAAAUAUAACACACCAAAAAGAAUUUAUUUGCAGCAUAGUUUUGUUCAUUACCAGAACUGCCAUGUAGCAAGACUUAAAGGGAGUUGUACUGUCAUUUAUUUUAACGUUAAUGUCUUCUAAAUGACUUCUAAAUUGUUUCUUUAUGUUUAUUUGUGUAUUUGAAAUUCCUAAUUUUGCUCAUUAAGACCAUCACCUCCAUUUAAAUGGGCGGAGCCUGCAGAAAUAGCAGACCUGCUCUUGUUAUCUCUCUCUAUAUAUACAAAGUCUAAUAGGUAUGGAAAUACUAAUUAUGCGGGAGGGUGGGGGGCUCAAUGAGCAAAAAUCCCCCACUGGAUCGUUUUUUUCUACAUAGAAUACAGCAGUAUUCAGUUUUGUCAAUAUAGGUGGUGGUUUCAACAGACAAAAGAAGCAAUUUCAAUUGUCAAAAUAAAGGUAAAGGAACUGCUAAAUGUUGCAAAUUUAGGUAGGUGAGUUAGUCUAAUUACAAAAAAGUAAGACUAGCAUUUCUGAAUUUCAUCAGGGCAUUGUGCUUACAGAACUAAGUUAAAGGGACAGCAAAGUUAAAAUGAAACUUUUAUGAUUCAGACAUAGUAUGCAAUUUUAAACAACUUUCCAAUUUACAUCUAUUAUAAAAUUUGCUUUGUUCUCUUUGUAUACUUUGUUGAAGAGUAAACCUAGGUAGGUUGAUUGGAGCAUAGUAGCGUGCACGUGUCUUUACCAGUCAAUGGCAGCAAUGUUUGUAACUAUGUAUAACAUUGCUGUAAACAAUAUUGCAAAAACUGCUGCCAGAUGGCUUAAAAUAUCCUGAGCUCAUCUAGGAUUAUUCUUUAAUAAAUGAUACCUAGGGGCUGAUUUACUAUGUCCCGAAUAGGGCCAACUCGCCCUGUUUCAGCGCGAGCUUUCAUCUCCGGAAACAGGAUUUAAGAAGCAGCGGUCUAAAGACUGCUGCUCCUUAACUGGAUCUGCUGCCUCUGAGCGGUGUACAGCAAUCAACCCGAUUGAAUACGAUCGGGUUGAUUGACACCCCCUGCUGACAGCCAAUUGGCCGCAAAUCUGCAGGGGUGGGGCAUUGCAGGGGGUGGCAUUUCACAAGCAGUUCACUAGAACUGCUUGUGCAAUGCUGAAUACCGACAGCGUAUGCUGUCUGCAUUUAGUGAUGUCUGCAGCGUAUCAUGUCCGUCAGACUUUGUUAAAUUGGCCCCCAAGAGUAUAAAGCAAAAUUGAUAAUAGAAGUCAAUUGGAAAGUUGUUAAAAAAAUCAUGAUUAUCCAAUCAAUUUACUGUAAGUAAAAUGUUGACUUUACCGUCCUUUUAAUGCUUCGUCCAUGCUGUGGACAUCACAAAGGUAAAAUUUUAGUAAGAUCCACUGCUGAUACGCACCCUACAAGAAUAACAAAGAAAACAAUAUAUCAAUUAUUUAAUGAACAAGCAGGGACAUCAUAAGUUGUCUACACAAUUUUUUCAGAGACAACAACUCAUAGGGCUCGAUUCAACUCCAGCUGUUUCGGCCAGGAGUUAAGAAGCAGUGGUCUUAAGACCGCUGCUCCCAGGGCCGGAUUUCCCAUUAGGCACAGUAGGCAUGUGCCUACAGGCGCCUUGCAGUGAGGGGCGCCUGCCUGUCAAUAAUAAAAAAA